AUGACAUUAUCUCGAUUAGUUUUGGGCCACUGUAAGGAGACAUGUCAAAAAACUAAUGGAGAUGUAGAAGACAAAACAAACCAAUUAAAGCAAUGCUACGAUUCAUUUGACAACACGCCCUCUUCCACAUACUAUGGGAAUUGUAAGCGCACCAAAAGCUCGCUCGCCGAGAGACUAGAAUUCCUAAAUUGUGGGCAUGGCUAUCAAGUUACCAACUAUAUAUACGCCAAUACGAGUUUUUUGGACUCCAUUUUUGGCGAGGAAUCAAGUGAAGGCAUUGCCUGGAUAGGUUAUAUUGUAGUUUGCACUGACCCAGAUGAGAUAAAGAGAUUGGGAAGAUGUGACAUAGUUGUUGCAUGGAGAGGCACGCAGACUCCAUUUGAAUGGAUGCAAAAUCUCAGAGACAUAUUGGUUCCUAUUAUGGCAUCAAAGGCUACAACAUGCUCCAACAUCCAAACGAUUUCAAAACCAAAUGCCAGGAUAGAGAAGGGUUUUCUCAGUUCUUAUACAUCCACAAAUGAGGACUUUGUCAGAUGUAGGCUUAGUGAGAUAACCAGAUUAGUGAAGGAAUUCAAAGAGCAAGAAGAAGAUUUGAGCAUAUCAUUUACUGGGCAUAGCUUGGGAGCUGCAUUAGCGACCCUGAGCACAUACGACAUUAAACAAAUCAUGGUAAAUGAAUAUGGUGUGACCUCUAUUCCUAUCACAGUGUUUUCCUUCACGUCUCCCCGCAUAGGGAGCUUAUCAUUUGCCCAUCAUAUGGAAGAGAUUGGCGUCAAAGUGCUACGUGCAGUAAACCACAAGGACUUGGUUCCGAAAAUUCCUGGGAUUUUUUUCGAUGAAAAAUUGGGAUGGCUGACAAGGCUUCUGCACUGGCUUCCCUAG